GUAUAUAUUUUGGGCAAACGAGAGAGAGAGAGAGAAAGAGAGAGAGAGAGAGAGAGAGAGAGAGAUGGCAAAAGGAAGACGAAAUCUAGGCGAACUAGGAGUGGAGGAGAUGAUCAGAGCCGGUUUGUCGUUGGAUGAAGCUCGAGCUUUCCACGAGGCUGUCAAAGGCGCAAUUGGUCGAACAGGGGGAGGGUCGUCGCCUGACCCGAAGGAGCUAUGGCGCCAGCUCUCAGAGGGACGGGUUCUCAAACCUUCGCACCCACAUGCUCUGCACCAGCUCGUCUAUUACACCGUCUACUCCCACUGGGACGUCUCCACCCAAGGCCCUCCUCUUUACUGGUUUCCUUCUCCGCUGCAGUCCAAAAGCACGAAUCUGGGGCGUAUGAUGGAAAUUCAUGGUCCAAAGUUGUUGGGGACAUCAUAUAAAGAUCCUAUAACAAGCUUUAGCCUCUUUCAGAAGUUCUCAGUCCAACAUCCAGAAGUCUACUGGUCUAUUGUUCUGAAAGAGCUUUCUGUUAUAUUUCGUGAAGACCCAAAGUGUAUUCUAGAUACCACUGACAAAUCAAAGCAUGGGGGAACAUGGUUAUCAGGUUCAGUUUUAAAUAUUGCAGAAUGUUGCUUGUUACCUACAGAUUGUCCACGAAAACAGAAUGACAGCAUUGCUGUGGUAUGGAGGAAUGAAGGUUCUGAUGAUUCUCCUAUUAACAGAAUGACAUUAAGAGAAUUUCGAGAACAAGUAAUGGUGGUGGCAAAUGCUCUUGAUACAAUGUUUUCAAAAGGUGAUGCAAUUGCAAUAGACAUGCCAAUGACAGUCACUGCAGUUAUAAUAUACUUGGCAAUUGUACUAGCAGGAAUGGUGGUUGUAUCAAUAGCUGAUAGCUUUGCAGCAAGGGAAAUAGCAACACGCUUACGUGUGUCAAAAGCAAAGGGAAUAUUUACUCAGGAUUUUAUCGUAAGAGGAGGAAGAAAAUUUCCGUUGUACAGUCGUGUUUUAGAAGCCAAUCCAUGCAAAGCUAUUGUGGUACCUUCUAUUGGAAAUGAUGUGGGAGUUCAAUUAAGAAAGCAUGAUUUGUCAUGGCAAGAUUUUCUUUCUCGUGUUGCUCACCUUCCAAGAUCAAGUUACUAUGUUCCAUUUUAUCAACCAAUGGAAUCUGUAACUAAUAUACUCUUUUCAUCUGGAACCACAGGAGAUCCAAAAGCUAUUCCAUGGACGCAACUUUCUCCAAUUCGAAGUGCAGCUGAUGGAUGGGCACACGUUAAUAUCCAACCUGGAGAUGUUUACUGUUGGCCCACAAAUCUAGGGUGGGUGAUGGGGCCAAUUUUACUAUAUUCGUGCUUUUUAACUGGUGCUACUCUAGCUCUGUAUCAUGGAUCUCCUCUUAGUCGUGGAUUUGGAAAAUUUGUUCAGGAUGCAGGAGUGACUCAUUUGGGCACAGUACCAAGCAUUGUUAAAGCCUGGAAGACUACACGUUGUAUGGACGGUCUAGAUUGGACAAAUAUAAAGUCAUUUGCUUCGACUGGGGAAGCUUCCAAUGUUGAUGAUGACUUAUGGCUUUCUUCACGAGCUUUCUACAAGCCUGUUAUUGAAUGUUGUGGGGGUACAGAGCUUGCAUCUUCAUACAUUCAAGGAAGUCCUCUGCAACCGCAAGCUUUUGGAGCAUUCAGUACAGCUUCAAUGACAACUGGUUUUGUCAUUCUUGAUGAUCGGGGAGUUCCUUUGCCAAAUGAUCAACCUUGUGUGGGAGAAGUGGGAUUGUUUCCUCUUUAUAUGGGAGCAACUGAUAGAUUACUCAAUGCUGAUCAUGAGGAUGUUUACUUCAAGGGAAUGCCGAUAUAUGAAGGAUGGCAUCUCAGAAGGCAUGGUGAUAUAAUUAAGAGAACAGUUGGAGGAUAUUUUGUUGUACAGGGCAGGGCUGAUGACACCAUGAAUCUUGGUGGCAUCAAGACUAGUUCAGUUGAAAUUGAGCGUGCCUGCGAUAGAGCUGAUGAAAAUAUAUUGGAGACCGCUGCAGUAAGUGUGUCACCAGUAACUGGUGGACCAGAACAACUGGUUAUAUUUGUAGUACUAAAGAAAGGAUCUAUCUGCAAUGCUGACCAGUUGAAGAUGAAAUUCUCAAGAGCCAUUCAGAGAGAUCUCAAUCCCCUGUUUAAGGUGAGCCUUGUUAAGAUUGUGCCAGAGUUCCCUCGCACAGCAUCAAACAAGUUACUGAGGAGGGUUCUGAGAGAUCAAAUAAAGCAUCAACUUUCUAUGCCAAGUAGACUUUAGAGGCUGUUUAGUUCCAUUGCCAUUUAUAUUUAAUAAACGCUUUGUACGGCAUUUAUUGUGGUACUGGUAAGGGGGCGCUCUUUUUCUGGAUAUUGAGAGGGGGGAAAGUUGGUCAAUGGGAUUUUGAUUUCCAUUGACUAAAAAUCCCAUGUUCUUUUUUCAGAUUUAUGUGGGGACCARGGAAAGUUUAUUUUCCCAAGUACCAGGUACCACUUACCUAGGUAAGUGUGAUGCCCAUCUCCUAGGUGRGUAAAUAAUUUUCUCACCUUAGAGGAAAUUUGYCAAUACUUGAAUAGGACAAAAAUGCCCUUUGUAAUAAUGGAUUUUUAUGGCUAAAAUGGUCAUUGUCUUGUUUGCAUGGGAAAUAAAAGAACAUGAGUAAAUGUACUUACCCAGGUAAACAGGGCAUAAGACAUUGCACUUGAAUCCAUUAGUCCAAGUUCAAAUUUUGUUGGUUCCUCUUUUUUC